CUUCGACUAUUGCACAAAUACAGAUUUGAUCAAAUAACAAAUGAGUCUUUAGAUUUUGGUGAACAAUAUACACAAUAUAUAAUAAUUAAGUAGAAUUCAGAGCACCAUUGGUUAAGGCUAAAUGCUCUCCAGCAGCGACGAUAGAAGACCUCUCGAGUUAAACAAUCUGACCGCAAAACAGAUAAAAAAAAAAAAGAGGAAAUCAUAUCCACGAACGAGCUGCCUACCGUUAGUCUUUUGCUUGUAUAUUGCGAUGCGUGUUUACUGGUACGCACUGGUCAAAAGUCUGUCCGCGGUAUGUCUUUGGCUGUGAGUCCGGUAAUAGCGCCGAUAGCGCCUUUGUAGCUGCUUUCCUGUUUGGCGCCACGAGUGAACCUUUGUAAGCGACUCCAGGCGACAAGACAGCCAAAAGUGCCGAAAGACUCUGCCAACCACUGUUUGUACAACCACUCGGCUACACGUUUUUAAUCAACUCGGAAGAACGGUUUAGCAAGAAACAGCCUUUACUGCUGCUACUCUUUGCACAAUAACCUCUCACGCAUCUUCCUCUUCAUUUGUGGUUUGCUGCAGUCGACGCGGUGCAUUUCAGUUACGCUAUAAUUUUCUCCUACAUCGACUACAAAUUUGAAUCGGUUACGGGGGCAGCGUCGAAGUAAUGGUUGUUUUUCGGUUCUUCCGUCGGCCCGCCGUUCCAGCAGCUAAGCAUGCCGAAAUUGAGAAGCGACUGCGCGCAGCGACCGGUGGCAAGGUCACUGAACUGUUGGACACAGAAUCAUGUUAUUACGUGAACGUGAACGGUGGAUUAAACACGGAACAGGAGGAUAAGUUGCGCUGGCUUCUAACACCUACACAUGACCAGGCGUUAAACGCCAAUCAGGGUGAGCUCGUUGUCGAGGUUGGGCCCCGUCUUAAUUUCGAAACGCCAAGCUCAACACAGGCGGUUAGUAUAUGCCACACAAUCGGAUUGGACCAUGUCACCCGAAUUGAACGAUGCUCUCGUUUCCUCAUGGCACAUACUGACAUCGAUGCAGAGAUACUGGCCAAGAUACACAAAGAGCUACACGAUAAAAUGACUGAACAGGUCUAUGAAAAGCCUUUGACGACGUUCGAACUGGACCAGAAUCCGGAUCAGUGGACCGAAGUGGCUAUUAUAGGCCAAGGUAGGCCAGCUCUUGAACAGUGCUCGAAGGAGCUGGGACUUGCGUUCGACGACUGGGAUCUUGACUACUAUACAAAUUUAUUUAAAAAUAGGCUGAAAAGAAAUCCCACUACAGUGGAGUGCUUUGAUCUCGCGCAGUCAAACAGUGAACAUUCCCGCCACUGGUUUUUCAAAGGCGAUCUCGUUAUUGAUGGCAAAGCCGAAAAAGAGAAUCUCUUUCAGAUUAUCCAGGGUACUCAGAAGACGUCAAAUCCUAACAAUGUUAUAGCAUUCAGUGACAAUUCGUCGGCGUUAAAGGGUUACAGGACUCAAGUGUGGAUACCUGAGAAUCCGUGUGGUCCGAGCAGGCUCACGGUACAGACGAAAGAGCGGCACCUGCUCUUUACAGCCGAAACCCACAAUUUCCCGACGGGUGUGGCACCCUUCGCUGGAGCCACUACUGGUACGGGCGGCAGGAUUCGUGAUACACAUGCGACGGGACGCGGAUCGUACGAAAUCGCAGGCACCGCGGGUUAUUCGUUUGGAAACUUGCACAUUCCCGGUUACGAUCUGCCCUGGGAAGAAGAAUGGGAGUACCCACCAAAUUUUGCCCCUCCUCUUCAGGUAGCUAUAGAAGCAUCCAACGGAGCCUCUGACUACGGAAAUAAAUUCGGUGAACCUGUUCUGACUGGUUUUUCACGCUCGUUCGGGAUGCGCUUGCCCAAUGGCGAGCGCAAGGAAUACGUCAAGCCCAUUAUGUUUUCGGGCGGUUUUGGAUGCAUUGAUGCGGACACCUGUGCAAAAGUAGCGCCAGAAAAGGGCAUGCUGGUUGUGAAACUCGGUGGGCCGGCGUAUCGAAUCGGUGUGGGGGGAGGAGCCGCGUCAUCAAUUGUCGUUCAGGGUGAUCAGAGUGCCAAACUUGACUUCGAUGCCGUGCAGAGAGGCGACGCUGAAAUGGAGCAGAAACUCCAUCGUCUUGUUCGCGCUUGUGCUGAACGUGGUGUUGAUGCCAAUCCUAUUCAGAGCAUCCAUGAUCAGGGUGCUGGAGGUAAUGGAAACGUGCUCAAAGAAAUCUCGGAACCUGCCGGUGCGAUUAUUCGCACCAAAGAAUUCCAGUUAGGUGAUCCUACCAUCAGCACCAUGGAACUGUGGGGUGCUGAAUAUCAGGAGAAUGAUGCCAUCCUUUGCAAAUUAGAAGACAAAGAGCUUCUCGAACUAAUCUCACGUAGGGAACGCUGUCCUGUUAAUUUCGUCGGCGAGAUAACCGGCACAGGGAAAAUUGUUCUGGAGGAAUAUGAGGGUCAAGAACGUCCACCGGUCGACCUCGACCUCGAAAGCGUCUUGGGACAUAUGCCCCGAAAAACAUUCCAGCUUGACAGCUACAAGCCGCCUUUGAAGGCGCUUAGCCUGCCGUCAAACCUCCAAAUAAUGGAUGCUCUUCAUCGUGUUCUGCGGCUGCCAAGCGUGGCCUCAAAACGUUUCCUUACGAGUAAAGUUGAUCGUUGCGUCACGGGUCUUGUAGCGCAGCAACAAUGCGUCGGGCCACUCCACACGCCCUUGGCUGACGUUGCUGUGAUAGCACUGACUUAUUUUGACACAGUCGGUGGAGCUACAUCGAUUGGCGAACAGCCUGUCAAGGGAAUUCUAAGUCCAUCUGCAGGCGCUCGCAUGUCAGUGGCUGAGGCCGUAACUAAUUUGAUGUUCGCUAAAAUUUCGUCCCUGAAGGACAUCAAAUGCAGUGGGAAUUGGAUGUGGCCCGCUAAACUACCCGGUGAGGGAGGCGCUCUUGUUGAUGCGUGCAAAGCGAUGUGCUCCAGCAUGAAGGCGCUUGGCAUAGCAGUUGAUGGCGGUAAAGAUUCGCUCGGUAUGGCGGCACGUGUAGGCGUGGAAACCGUUAAAUCGCCUGGUACCAUCGUCAUCUCUUGUUAUGCACCUUGUCCAAAUAUUACGCUAACUGUUACCCCGGACAUCAAGGGGCCCUGGGCUGGCGAGUCUACAAGUCUUAUCUACGUCACGUGUACGCCUGGCAAGGCCCGUCUCGGAGGCUCCGCUUUGGCUCAGGUAUACAGCCAACUCGGAGACCAAGUUUCAGACCUGGAUAGACCGGAGCUGCUAAAAGCGGCAUUUGAGGUAACGCAAAUGCUUUUGACGGAGAAGAAGAUCCUCGCUGGCCAUGAUAUCUCCGAUGGUGGUGUUAUUACCUGCGUACUUGAGAUGCUAUUCGCUGGAAACUGUGGAGCUACCAUCAAUAUUCUAAGCAAUGGAAACGAACUUUCGGCUCUAUUCAACGAAGAGGUAGGUUUCAUCCUUGAAGUUGCUAGUAUUGAUUGUGACUUAAUCAUCGCCAAGUACAAUGCUACGGGAGCCAAAUGUGUAAAGAUCGGUGAAACGACUAUCAGUGGACCCAGAGCGAAGAUCAGCAUCACUUGUGGGGCAUCGCAGGUCGAAUCUGAAGUAGCGGAACUACGGGACAUUUGGGAGGCGACAAGUUUUGAGCUGGAAAGCUACCAGACUAACUGCGAUGCCGCUUCCCAGGAACGUCGAACUCUCCAGAGUCGCACUACUCCCCCGUAUAAACUUACGGAAAAAAUCACAUUACAGAUUCCACGCAAUAUUACCAGUCGGAAAAUUAGGGUCGCCAUUUUGCGUGAAGAAGGUACCAACAGCGAUCGGGAAAUGCAAGCCGCAGCAUAUAUGGCUGGGUUCGAGGCCUGGGAUGUCACCAUGACCGAUUUGCUCGAUGGAAAUAUUGCACUAGACCAUUUCAAUGGCAUAAUUUUCCCGGGUGGCUUUUCCUACGCCGACGUACUAGGAUCUGCUCGAGGAUGGGCUGCCGGCUUCAGAUACCACGACAAAUUGCGCUCACAGCUCGAGGUGUUCAAAUCACGCAGUGAUACGUUUUCACUUGGUGUGUGCAACGGAUGCCAGCUGAUGGCACUUCUUAGUUGGGUUGGUCCUAGUAAGCACGGCAAUCCGGGCGUGUCGCUUCUACCAAAUAUUUCCGGUCGCUUCGAGUGCCGCUACAAUGCCGUACGAAUUGAGAACACAAACAACAUCUGGCUUAAAGGCAUGGAGGGUGCGAUACUGGGCGUAUGGACAGCUCAUGGAGAAGGUCGAUUUGAUUUUAAGACUUCCGACCUGAUGGCUGCAUGUGAGAACAAAAACCUCGUCACCGUUCGAUACGUCGACGAUAGUGGCUCACCCACUCAGGUCUACCCCCUGAAUCCUAACGGAUCCCCGAAUGCUAUUGCUGGUUUAACAUCGGAAUGUGGUCGCCAUCUUGCGCUUAUGCCUCAUCCGGAGCGUUGCUUCUUGCCUUGGCAAUGCCCUCAUUGGCCCAAGGAUAAACAGCGUGAUGGCGGCCGCUGGGCGUCUGCUACAGCGAGUCCCUGGCUUCAGAUUUUUCUCAACGCGAACAAGUGGGCAACCGACAACCAAUAAUGACUCACAACAAUUUAAUAUG